ACUUGGCAGCCCUUGUCGCAGCGUUCCACGCGCCGGGGAUGCAUGGACUGGGCGCCACCAGUAGCUGCCGCAGCCCGAACCGUCCCGGCUGCCCCGUGGGUGGCAGCCUCAACCUGCGCUUCACCAAGGCUUUGCCAGGGCAGCGCACAUUUUGGCAGCACGCUGGCAGCUGCCUCGGGCGUGCUGUGCCAGGCCAUUUCCAAGCGCAAGUUGGUGCGGCGAGGCCGGCCAGAGCAGAUUGAGGAAGACAUGCUCGAGAGCCAAACGGAUGUGGUGGGCGCGCCACUGCAUUCCCGGAUUGCUGACUUUUGCAGGGCAGGGCAUGGGGAGCUGGUGAUGGAGGCGCCUCCAAACUCCCUGCGCUGCAAGACCCUGGUGGUGAGCUGCACCCCGGGAGCGGACAACGGCGAAGCGGCGGAGGUGUCGGCGGUGCUCUGCGUGCUGCCCGCCGAGCGGCGGCUGAGCCUGCCCAAGCUGAAGCAGGCGCUGAAAGCAGUGGACCUACGGCCGGUGGGCCUGGCUGCCCCACAGGAGGCGGAACGCUUGGCGGGCUGCUCCAUGGGGAUGGUGCCCCCCGUGUGCAUCGAGCCGAAGCUGCCGGUGUAUGUGGACACGCGGCUUUUUCGAGGGCCGCGUCUGGUGCUGGGCGCUGCCCACGAGGAGCUGCACCUGGCGAUGUCCAGCCGGCAGCUGCUGCUGGGCACUGAGGGCCAUGUGGUGGACAUCUCCUUGGACUCGAGCGCCGAGACGCCCGUGGCGACCUUCCCACUGCGCGCCUCCUCAGGCAGUGUGGUGCACGUGGUGGCCCACAUCGCUGCGGUGCGGCGCCUCAGCCGUCAGCUGCUCUUCGCGGAUCUGCUGCCGGCGGGCGCCGCCUUGGACGCCGAGCGCAGCAUCUGGCUGUCGCCGGACGGGUCCCAGCGCCUCGUACGGCUCCAGCUGCUGGUGGGCAGGAGUUUGAACGAGCGCCUGGGGGCCUCGGGCGCGGCGAAGGUCAUCAAGCGUUUGCGCCCGCAGCAGCUGAUCUACGUUGCUGGCCGCUUGCAGCUGGAAGAGCCGGGGGAGCAGAGUGGCAAGGUCGAGCCAACUGCGCCAGAAGAGGUGCGAAAGAUCCGGGAGGCCCAACUCACCAACGGCAUUGUGGACAUGGUCGCUGAGCAGAUCCGGAUCCUGGAGGAGGUGCACGUGUUUUCUCACGAGUCCACGGGCUCGGCGCGCAAAGUCGGGGCCAAGAAGGCGGCGCCUCCGCGCGCGGUUUCGGAGGAGGACCCGCUGCGCCUAGCGCUGCCGUCGGGCGCGGUGCACUACGUGGCGGAGGAGGAGGGCCUGCGGCACCUGGAGGGGGUGCUGCGCGAGAGGCUUCGUGGGUCUGCGGACCUGGACCCGGGCGAGACCGUGACGCCCGUCCUGCCGGUGAUCGGCCUGGACGCAGAGUGGCGGCCCAACACCGAGGGCAUCGCCCUGCUGCAGCUGGCCUUCCGCCGCAGCGUGUUCCUCCUGGACAUGCUGGCGUUGACGAAUGACCCGCAGCUGCGGAGCCGCCUGGAGACAGCGCUCCUGCCGGUUUUGGAGGCGGAGCACGUCUACAAGGUGGGCUUUGGCUUGGAGGAGGACCUGCAUCGCUUGGGCCGGGCGCUGGAGGUGAGCCGGGCCCGCAGCGUCCUGGACCUGAGGCACUUGGCCCGGCUGGCGCUGCCGAAUACGGAGGUGGCGCCGGGGUUGUCGGGCCUGGUGCGCCAGGUCUUCGGGCGCGGCCUCGACAAGACCUGCCAGGUGUCCGACUGGCAAGCACGUCCGCUGAAGCAAGAGCAGCUGGACUACGCAGCUCAGGAUGCCCAUGUUUGCGUUCGUUUGUUUGAUUCGCUCUGCUACAACCACGCCACCUUGGCCACCCAGUCGCUGGCGCCGGCGCUUAGCGGAGUCGCCAAAGCCUGGCGCGCCGAGAAAAGCCGCGCUGAGCCCGAGGACAAAGCUGCCAAGGGCGAAGGGAGGGGCAAGGGGCUUUGGAGGCCAAAGCCAGAGGUCGCCAGUCGGCAUGUGGGGCAUUGGCGCUAUCUGGCGAAGGCCGAGGGCGAGUUCAGGAUCCAACUGGACGAGCGCGGUGCCUUGGUGCUUUGCCUGGCGGAUGCCUCCGGCGUUCUGCUGCCCCAGGAGAAGCGCUGGCUUCAAGCCGAGUUGGCCACAGCCAGCGGUGAGGCAGCAGGUGUUGCCAGAGUUCGCUUCAGCGAGAAGACUGAGAGCAUGCAGUAUGUGCUCCCAAUGGCAGAGGAGCCAACUGCUGCCUACAGGGUCAUGAGCGCGCAGGAGGCCAACCGGGUCUGCGCCGAGGAGGCAGUGGCGCUUGCGAACAAAGCCUCAAGGUUCAUUUACAUGAAGAAGCGCAAGGACUUCGGCCGAUACUGUAACUUCGAUACGGUGGAGGCCAAGAUUCUCGGGCAAGUGGAGAAGCAGCCCCAAUGUGGCGACAUGUACGUGGAGCAGACCAUCAUCAACGCUGUCUUUCACAACAUCCCGGAGUUUUCCGAGCACUCGGUGAAUACUGCGAGGGUGAAGACCCACGCGCGUGUCAUGACACAUGUGGAGGGCGGCUGGCCCAGGGAAAUCGAUUACAGUGAGGCGCAGGACACCCUGAAGUACCGCAAGCGUCUCGAGAAGGACCCGGGCUACAUCAGUGCCGUGCGGCAGUUGACCAAGCAGACCAUCCCCUGCUUAGAGAUGAACAACACCAUUGAUCUCUUCGAGAUCUACUUUCAGGAGGAGGAGCCCGACCACAUGCCUGAGAUUCUCAACUUGAAGACCAUUGCGCUUUUCAAGGACCCCUCCGACGAAGCACGGAGCGUCACCAAGAUCGGAUGGCACCCUGAGGGGCCGACAAAACUCGUGGGCUCCUACUCCAACCUCCGGUUCCAGCGCAUGUCCGAGGACAUGCCCAUGGCCUCCUUCAUUUGGGACAUCGCUGAGCGGAACGUGCCGCUCAUGGAGCUACGUGCGACCUCGCCGCUGAUCUGCUGCCAGUACAACCAGAAGAACCCAGACUGGCUGCUGGGAGGUAGCUACAACGGCCUCAUCAACCACUACGACCUCAGAAAAGGGCCGUCCCCGUGCAUGAAAUCCUCGGUGGAGGUGGGGCACUACGACCCAGUCUACGACGUGGUGUGGCUCCAGAGCAAGACGGGCACCGAGUGCAGCUCCGUGAGCUCGGACGGGCGCUUGCUCUUUUGGGACGUGCGGAAGCUCAGCGAGGUUCUAGAUGAGUGCGUUCUGAAUGAUGGCAACAAGGAGCACCCGAAGACGUUGGGCGGCGUGUCGUUGGAGUGGAUGCAGGAGGCAGGGCCCACCAAGUUCCUGGUGGGCUCCGAGCACGGUAUCAUCCUGUCCUGCACCAAGCGCCCCAAGAAGCAGGUGGAAAUCGGCACCUGGUUCGGCUCAGAGGAUAGGGGCGGCUACGGCAAGCACUUUGGCCCGGUCUACUCUGUGAAGCGAAACCCCUUCCAUGUGAAGUUCUUCCUGUCCGUGGGCGACUGGUGCGCCAAGAUGUGGAUGGAAGAGCUGAAAGGGCCGAUGCUGCAGACACCUUACUACCCUGCUUUCAUCUCUGCAGCUGCCUGGAGUCCCACCCGCGCCGGCGUUUUCUUCCUGGCACGGCAAGAUGGGCGUUUGGAUGUGUGGGACUACUUCUACCGAAUGAACGAGGUGGCGCUCACACAGCAGGUCUCGGACCGGGCGCUGACCUCGCUCAACGUGCAAAGCCAGGGCCGGCUCGCCGCGGUGGGUGACGCCGGAGGCGUCAUCACUUUGCUGCAGCUCUGCGACGGCCUGGUGGACCCAGGACCCAACGAGAAGAACAUGAUCGGCUGGAUGUUUGACCGCGAGACGAAGCGGGAGAAGAGCCUGGAGCAGAUCAAGAAGCAGGGCGGGCAGGCGAAGAAGGAUGACAAGGAGGGCGCCGCGGGCGGCAGCAUCGACAAAACCGAGUACCAGGCGCGGGAAAAGGCCUUCUUCGCGGAGCUGAACAUGACAGGGGAGGACUUGGGCACGACCUUGCCGGCCCGCUGA